AUGUUCCAACAACAGUUCACCAUUGGCCACGGCUCUUUUGAGCGAUGUCAUACCCUGAAUCUUCCGAGCAUCAAGAGCAUGCAGGAGCUCAAGGCAGGCAUCGCCAAAGUCUUUUCUGUAAGAAAUGUGCUCACAUCACUGGAUGACAUCGAGAAGUGCGAUGCUCCAGUGCAGAUCAGGGUCAACGGGGAGAUCGUGAGAGAGCCCUCCGGGCCAGAGCCACUGCCCUACGUUGGAAACCGCUAUGAGCUGUACCCAGACCCACUUGGCAACUAUGACCGCCUGUUCGACAGAUACGGGCCUGUCAUCAAAACGGUGAACAUGGGAACCACGAUCUAUCUCACCAAUGACCCGGACGUGUCUCGCGAGGUUCUCCGCGAAGGCCAAUUUUUCACCAAGACGACCUCUGAUCCCAGCCACCCGUUGUAUUACAUGCGCAACAAUGAGGCUCUUUUCACUUGCGAUAGUGAUGCCCCGGCAUUCAAACUCGCCCACAAGUUCAUUCCUCCAAGCCUUACACCAAAGGCUGUGCGUCAUUACACGCCAAUCGUGCAGGCCUGUGUGGAUAGGUCUUUUAAGGUGUUUGAUGAGCUUGACGACAAGGAGCUCGCUUUCAAUGUGUACCAGUACACUUUCAAAAUGGCUGGCGAGAUCAUCUGGAAAGUGAUCCUGGGGAUGGAUCUGGGUCACUUCGACUCCAUUGAUUCAAAACCCCAUGAGACUAUCAGAUUGCUCGGCGAGUAUCUUUCUCUGAUGAAGAAGACAUCUCUCCGAGGAAGUUGGUAUGGAUACCUUCCGUUCGGCACCCCGAAGCGGCUUCGCCUCGUUCGACAAUUACUUUGGGACGGCGUUGCCAAAGGUAUCGAAGAAUCCAUGCCAGCGGAGACUUUCCCAGACCUGCCAAUGAAGGAUGCGGCGCUCAACGCGACUUGCGUGGCAGAUUAUUUACGGCGCGCAACUGACGACAAUGGGGAAAAGCUCCCCGAAGAUAUUAUGUUGAGCAAUUGCGUUAUCCUGGUCGGAGCGGGAUUCGUCACCACAUCCUCCCUGCUGGCAUGGCUGGUUUACGCCUUGGUCAAGUAUCCCGGAAACCAAGAGCGUCUGCUUCAGGAGCUCGUCGACAAUGGAGCAGAGGCGGGGAAAGAGUGGUCAUACGACGAGCUGACCGAGAUGCCGUUCUUGGAUAAGUUUGUCAAGGAAACGCAGCGGAUGCACAACCCGUCUUUCCAGACGGCGCGCAACGCAAAGGAGGAUGUUGUCUUGCCGGGCGGAUAUUUUCUGCCCAAGGGCGCCGUCGUCAUCCCCACAUUUCCAUCUAUUCACAAGAACGCAGCCCAUUGGGAUAACCCUACCCGGUUUGACCCCGACCGGUGGGAGACCGAGGGUGUAAAGGGGAGGCACAAGAUGGCAUAUACGCCUUUUGCGGCAGGUACUCGGGGCUGUGUGGGGUACAAUCUCGCAUUGCUGGAGGUGAAGAGCGCCAUGGCGAAAUUGGUUCAUCGGUAUCAUUUUGAGGAUGCAUCGACGGAGGCAGUGGUGUAUGAUCCAGAGUUCAUUGUUGUGCGACCUUUGAAUUUCUACGCCAGAGCGGUGAAGCGGACGAAGUGGCCACAGAAGCAAGCAUGA